AUGGAGCCAGGGCUACAGGCAGCGCCUUGUGCGUACACUCUCGAUAGUCGAACCUGCAGGGCACACCCUUAUGAAGCACCCAGAGCUGAUGAGUGCAUACAAGGCGGUGAAACCUGGCCGAGCUGCCCUUCUCAGGAGGCUACUGGACGGGUUUCCCACACCAUUCGUGUUUGUUUGGAACGAGGAGGUCCCAUGUGUACGGGUAUUGGUAGGUGCCAUGCGAGCGAUAGACAGGGGAAGCCGAGCUUGGAGCAACACAACAUGCUUUCUUCAAUGACAUCUGCAGGCAAGGUUCCAGAGGACGUGAAUAUUGGCGCGUUCCAGUCAAGCGGUUGCCAAGCAAGACUAGCAUUUGUGUCGAGAUGUAUGACACCCACGGCGAAGACGGUGUUACGAAGACUAUCAAGGUGUUGGGGAAUGGCCUAUGCAUACUACGAGUCAUGGACAGGCGCAAAUUAG